ACAGGGGUAAGCAAAGCAGACAUCACUUCCGAGAUCCUGCCAUUUUGCUGCUGAUGUUCAAAGCAAGCCGCGUCCAGACUAGCUGGUUCUGGCUGCAGCCAUUGUUUUGAAGUACAGCUCAUUAUUUUUUUUAACGAGACUAAAUCAGUUUUUAACAAUUGAAGACGUCAUCAAAGUAGAAUGUCAGAUUUCGACCACAACCCGUUCGCGGACCCUGAAUUCAAUAACCCUUUUCAGGAUCCGUCGGUGACCCAAGUAACACAGAACGCUCCUCCAGGGUUGGAAGAGUACAACCCCUUCACAGAUGCCAAGCCGGUCCACCCUGGCCCAGCGCCUAAAUUGCCGGCCCCCCCCACCACCACCACCAACACACAACCAGCCAUCAUGAAGCCUACUGAAGAACCUCCUGCAUAUUCCCAGUCACAGGAGCAGGCGUGGGCGGCUACAGAGCUGCUGAGGAGACAGGAAGAGCUGGAGAGGAAGGCUGCCGAGCUAGACCGCCGCGAGAGAGAGAUGCAGUCGCUCAGCACAUCAGGAGGUAGGAAAAACAACUGGCCUCCUCUCCCGGAGAAGUUCCCCGUGGGCCCCUGUUUCUACCACGACAUCACUGUGGACAUCCCUGUGGAGUUCCAGAAGACUGUCAAGAUCAUGUACUACAUCUGGAUGUUCCACACGGGGACGUUGUUCGCCAACAUGUUUGGCUGUCUGGCCUGGUUCUGUGUGGAUGCGACCAGGGGAGUGGACUUUGGUCUGGCCAUGCUCUGGUUCAUGAUCUUCACUCCCUGCUCCUUCGUCUGCUGGUACAGACCCCUCUACGGAGCUUUCAGGAGUGACAGCUCGUUCCGUUUCUUUGUAUUCUUCUUCGUGUACAUCUGUCAGUUUGGCGUUCACGUGAUGCAGUCCAUCGGCAUCUCCGGCUGGGGCGCCAGCGGGUGGAUCUCUGCUCUGACUGGCCUGAAUAAGAGCAUCCCUGUUGGCAUCAUCAUGAUCCUCAUCGCUGCUCUUUUCACCGCCCUGGCUGCCAUGUCGCUCAUUAUGUUCAAAAAGGUCCAUGGCAUGUACCGCACCACAGGGGCCAGCUUUGAGAAGGCCCAGGCCGAGUUCGCCACGGGCGUCAUGGCCAACAAAACGGUCCAGACCGCCGCUGCCACCGCCGCCUCCAACGCCGCCUCCAACGCCGCCAGCGGAGCCUUCAAGCAACAGAUCUGAUUGGCCCCCGGAGCCCGCCCUAUUUCUUCACUCCGUCCAAUCCAGCCCUCCCUCCCCCCCCCCGCCCGAGCUGAGCUCAAGCUUCCCUGCCCUCCCAACCUAGCUCUACUCGCAUGACUAGGAUGAGACCAUAGAGAGAGGUAGAGGGCUCGUCUCUGUGGCGUUGUAGUCGUCUGUGACAGCAUGGGGCAGCGCCAUUGAGGCUACAACCCAUAAAAAAAAUACCGAUCCAGUUGACUAAUUUUUUAUUUCUUUAACCCCCUUAUGUCGAUGUCCGCGCCCCCACGGAAAUCUACUUAGCAUUAACAUAAUAAGCAUAAUAAAAUAAUCCCUGUAAAAAUGUGUCAGUUUAAGCUUGCGAGAUGGUGUAUUGGAUGCGUCUCAGUCCACCGCAUGCGCCCAUGCCACACUUCCGCAUCUGCAGUGAAAGGUGAUGGAGCUCGAGCGGCGUUUGUCCGACCAAGAGACGUCCUGAAAAUGGUUCUGCUCACAAAAUCGUCCGUAGCAUCCGAAAGUUUUCUAGUCCAAACCAAUCUAUGUAGAGAUGGGACUCUCACGAACACAAUGGUGUUUUGCUCUACGACCCCCCCACACACACAAACCAUCUUGGGCCUCGUCUAAGGUCGGUACAGCCGAUCUGCCAACUUCGGUCUGUAGAUUCCGAAUAGUUUCCAAACAAUACCCCUCUGGAAAGGCGGUCCUCUCAUGAUCACGUCCAUGUGGGUUGUUUUGCUCUAGGACGCUCACAGGCCUCACAAGACUCGUCUUAAAGGUUCCCCGGUACCAGUUUAAAACAUUUAUGGAAGUAUAUAUGGAGACUGUUUAGUGACAAAAAUAAGGGGUUUAAUGCAUGUAAUAAAAAAUAACAUAUAUCCUGAUCUUUCUCAUUUCUGAUAUAGGACAGACACAAUAAACUUCCUUCCGAUUUUUUGGGGGGGGGCAACUGUUGUUCCAUAAAGUGAAUGAUAUUCAAUCAGUUUGUAUGGGCUAAGAGCACAAAGGCUCAACAAAUUUAAUAAAACAAUAUACUUCAAGGGGUCUUCAAAUGUCAAAAUCAAAAUAGCAAAGUGAUCCUUGGUAUGAUCUCUUAAAAUAAUUCCAUAAAGCUUAGUAGAACCCCCCCUCCCCUGGCUAAAAAUGGGAGAAGCAGUCAAUGGCGCUGCCCAUGCUAAAAUGGGCUUUUGGCCACUAGAGGCCUCUAUCAUUCUCUAUGGAUGAGACCUAGAAGGAUGAGCCCAAUGAUGUCAUAGUAGAUGAAAGCAGGAAGUAGUAUACAUGAGAGGCUUGUGUUUAAGUCGUUUCCUUCAGUUCCGUCCAGCUCCCAGUGCAGAUCUACAUCCUGUGGAAUCUAGAGGUUUAGGACAUCACCGUCUUAUCCUUCUCGUCUCAUCCACCAACCCCCGCCUCUCAUCUUGCCCUGAGGGCUGUAACUCCGCUCACCCUAGUGGCUUUAUUAAAAACACUCCUGUCCUGUGUCUGUCUGACCCCACACCACUUAGUCAUGUCACUAUACAAGUGUUUGCAAACUUUCCUUUGUGUGUUUGUGUGUGUGUGUGCAUAUGAGUGUCUCUCUAUAUGUUAAUGCCGAGGCCUAUACAUUGUGUACGUUCCACAUCCAGUUUCUGUCACUCCCUCUGAUGCAAGUCAAUUCCCUUCACCAAGACUCAAAUGGCUGUAGCUAUCCAUAAACGUACACGACUCAUUUAUUCACUGUAUUUAACCAAGUACCGUUAGAAAUGUUUAACACUUAAUGAAAACAAAACACUUGUUUUGAACCCUGCGCCAGUCAGGCGGAUAUGGCCACCAGUCAGUGGUCACCAGUCUGCCCUCUGGUGGUGAGACCUGGUAGUGUUGAGUGCUGCGCAGUCCAACGUUGUCACCUCGGGAAUCGUCUAGACUGAUUCAUCUCAAGAAGCGAGUGUAAACCCAUCCGUGUUCUAAACAAGGAAAUGUCUCAGAAAUCAGGUUCGGUGUCUUGGUUAGAUUUUUUUUCCCUCUCACGUUCUCUGUCUCACAGCCUUGUCGUAGUAGCUUUUAAAGUCUUGCCUUUUGAUAACAUCUUGUGUUCUCAAUAACACUUUCAUAAUACAAACAAAGAAGCCAGAUGACAGCGACCUAAAUGUGAUAGCCUCUAUCCUUGUCCCUUGCUGUAGUGGUAACGUUGCACUUCACGUAGACACCGCAUCACACACGUACGUAUGUAUACAUAGCCACCCACACCCCCCAAAACCCGAUGCUUUCAGACCUGCAAAUGUAUGCUAACAACUGACUCCAGUGAGGGAGAGUUGACUCAUCUCUAAGCCUAGGUUUUCUACCCGGGGAUAUAUACAGUACCUCAGUCAGUGCUCUUUACGUGCAUGACCAAGCUUGCUGAUCUACAGGACAACUGCUCUGGUCUACGCCUCUCUGUAUUAUAGAAGUCUAUGGUUUGUGAGUGAACGGAACGGUCUUGUUUUGAAGUUAAAAUGCUGUGCAUUAAACUGAACCGGUCCAGUAAUCCCUGUGUCUCCAAACGCUCCAAGAACAGGCGAAAUCUCCCAGUAAUAUCAUUGGUCUAUGCUGCAUGGAUGUGUCGACGCUGCUAGCCUGAGGUAUUCAUUGUAUGAUUGAGUGAAAGGAGCAUUUCUCUCUCUCUCCCCCAAGUGUUUUAGGCCUUCUUGAGUUCAUCUUUUUGUACUGUGCGUCAUCCUCUUAGUUGUAUGUUAUUCGUCAUGUUGGUCGAGAAGGUCAUGCAUAAGCUCUAACUUCCUUGUUUUGAGUGUAAACCUGUGAACCUGCCUGUGAUUUUCACCUUUUGAGUGUGACAUGAAGAGAGGGGGGCGCAUGUGAUGUAAUACCAUUUUGGUGUGUGUGUGUGUCAGUCAAAGUGAAGUCUUAAGGAUAACUGGCUGUUCAGUUGAAUGCUAUUGUGGGCAGGGCAGACAUGCUGAGAUCUUCCGUUCUCUUGCUGCAGGAUGGAUACCUGUUGUGUUUUUCAGCUAUUUUUUUUUAUGCUCCUUUUUUAAUAUCUAUAUAUAGAUCUUCCUGUUUUCCUUUUAGACUGAUAGUCAUCUCCCCGAGGUUUGUUAGUGUCUUGAGUUUAUGCCUGUGAAAGUGUGUGUGCCUGCGCGUGAGAGAAUGUUUGUGUGCUGAGCUACAUUGUUGUUCUUCCUCUUCUGAAAAUCUAAACGAAUGGCACCUGAAUGUUCCUGUUAAUAAUUUGUUGGCUUGAAAACAAAUGGGGGGGGGGAAUGCAUCAACUGCUUAAUGUGAGAGAGUCCGUCGGUGGAAGUAAGCGACGUGAACUGUGCGUCUUUUAAGAUGGACUGUGGCUUUAACUUGUACUUUUUGAAUCAAUGACACAAGUAUGUAGUAGAAAACACUGAGAAUGAAUAUGAAAUUGGUCUUGCUCAUUUCUGACUGGAAUAAAUUGAAGUUAUUUAAAGAAAGUGAGCCGUCUUUAAUGAUGUUUGUAUAUUUUGUAAAGUUUGACGACUGGUCGGCUGGUGCCCUGAAUUUCAUUUUACUGUACAGAAGCUCUGUCUCUCCUUCAAGUUGCAUGUUGAGUAGUUUGUUUUGUAUAUUGUAUUAACGCUAAAUAAAACCCUAAAGUCAA